UGCUGGGUGAUCGUACUCGGCGAUGAACGACAAUUUGCCGAACAUUGCCCUCGGAUUUCCGAGCAUUUCUUUCCCGCUAAGCUUCGUUCUUUGGCGGGCAUUUUCAAAUAUGUAAAUGCAGAUUUUCUAUUAAGGUUCCGCGACCGCUAAAUCUGGAAGUUUAGUAAGAACUGUGAUAGCCCAGCUAACCCUUUUAGAAAUGGCUACGCCAGUAAAUGUCGAAGAACGCCACACAGAUGAUCUUGUACAAUUAAACAGUACUUUGAGUACUACUGCUCAUGCGGUAUGUUCGUGGGAGCCGAAGUUUAAAGGAUCUACAAGCAAGUAUGUUGGUUAUGUCGAGUCAGUUGAAGCAGCCAUGGCUGUGAUAAAGCAAUAUGAGAUAGAAACCACGACAAAGUUUUCCUGUUUUAAAUCUGACAAGAUGUUUGGGGCUGGAGAUCCCUUUGCCAAGCCAAGAAAAGUUUAUUUUAAAGAUGACAAAAUCCCAUUUGAUGGAGUGCCCUUCAGUAUCAUUGGCUCAAAGGUGUUUGACUGCCAACAUGGUCCAGACAGAAAAAAGGCAUUCAAAGCAAGACAAGCCAAUGAGAAGGCUGGCGAUCACUCCUUCAAAAAGAAGAGAUUUUUACCUCAAGACACCAUGAAAUUCGGGUGCACUGCAAGUAUUCGUCUAUCAGAAGUUAUUACAUAUCCAAGUUACAAGAUCAGGGAUGACACAGAGAGACUUCGACGGGACAUGUCCAAAAAGCUAAAGACUGAUACCAACAGCGGACAAAAACCUCCAUAUGAACGUAGAAUCUAUAUCUACCUACCAAAGGAGGAUGAACACAAAGACCAUAUCACUGGCGAGGUUGGUGGUCUUCUGCAACCAAUUGACAAACGGCUUGUAGACAAGAUUGAAGAGCUUGUUGGUGAAGGUGUUAAAACUGUUGAUGAAAGACACCUUAAACAGUUUGUGAAAUGUGAACUUUUUCCAGGGCAAACUCCACCUCCUAUUACAAACAGGCGCUUCUAUCCCACAGAUGUGGAUGUCAGGAACCACAUGUACAGGGCAUCGGUAAAAAAAUUGCUGUCCAAAGUGGAUCAGGAAAACCUGCAAAGGAAAAUAGAAAAUUGGCGUGAGGAGCAUCCUGAGGACUCGUUCUAUUUUCGACCCAGUGCUCUGUCUACCUCAGCUACUGCCGAAACAGGAAGUGAAACAGAUGAGACUUGUGAGCAGACUGAAGAACUCCUCUUUGCACAUCAAACAGCCUGGCAGAAACAUCUUAUGAAUCUUUAUGGAAAUGAAAUAUCCCUCCUUGAUGCAACCUACAAGACAAUGAGAUAUGACCUACCAUUAUUUCUUCUGGUUGUCAAGACAAAUGUUAACUACACGGUUGUGGGAUGUUUUAUAAUUCAAAGGGAAACAACAGCUUCCAUUCAGGAAGCACUGGAAAUCUUUCGAGAUUGGAAUGAAAGCUGGAAGCCACGAUAUUUUAUGACUGACUUUUGCCAGGAGGAGAUUAAUGCCAUUGAGAGCACAUUCCCAGAUACCACAACAUAUAUCUGUGACUUUCACCGAGAACAAAGCUGGGAGAGAUGGCUGAGAAAAACUGAAAAUGGUUUGUCAGAGAGCAGGGAGGAGGUCCUAAGUCUGCUUCGUAAUGUUGCCAAAUCAUCAACAGAGGAAGCAUUUCAAGACAAUCUGUCCUCACUUAAGGAGAGUGACCUUUGGUUAGCCAAUCCCAAGCUUAAAAAUUGGUUUGAAAAAACCUGGUUGGUAGAGGCCAAGAGAUGGGUGUGGGCAUUUAAGCAGGACAGAUUCCUGGUCAGUAUCAACACCAACAAUGGAACUGAACGCCAGAAUGAAUCGUUGAAAUACCAAUAUUUGAAGGACCGCAAUAACAACAGCCUUAGCGGGAUGAUUACCUUAGUGACAGAGGAGUAUUUUCCAGACAAAUGCAGAAGGUAUGUGGAGCUAAACACAAAGUUUAGUGGAGGCUACAAGCGUUACAGCUUGACCCUACCCAAAUACCUGCACAACAAACCAAGACCUUUCCUAAACCACUGUGAGAAGCGGAUAAAACAUGCAAGCGAAGUUCAAUCAAAACACAUCAGAGAAGAAGAAGGCGGAAAUUUCAAAGUCCAGUCCCAGACAGAUGAAGUUUGGUACGAUCUUUCUUUUGGUUCUGAGAAUAUCAUGCCAAGAUGUACCUGUCCUGAUUUUUGCCACACUGGGCUGCUAUGUAAGCAUUUUUUUGCAAUAUUUGACCUGUAUCCAAUGUGGCAGUGGGAUGCAUUACCAGAAAAGUUCCGACAAAACCCUCACAUCUCACUAGACUGGGAACAUGUCUUUGUUGAUGCUAAUAAAUAUAAAGCUACCGAUGAGUCCACUGAGGAAGGAAAUAAUGGCAUUGGCGAAAAUCUUAAAAGGGAUCUACAAGGUCAAAGAACUGGCAUACCCAGGCAGAGAGCCAGAAAUCCUGAAGACCCAAUAAGGCAGGAAGCAAUGGUGUGUAGAGAGAAACUAAAAGAGCUAACAUCAAUAACAUACAACAUUGAAAAUUUAAAUGGCCUUAAGGAACUUAAUACUUCUCUGGAAUUAUUAGUCAACAAGUUUAAAAAAUGCCAAACAAUUGAUGAAAAGGAAAACUUUCCACAGACAUUGCUCAACAAACAGGUUAAGUCAAAUGGUAAAUCAUCUGCUGGGCAUUACCUUCCACUACCUGUGCGGCCCAAGAAAAACCGGUACAAAAACAGAGUUGGGGCAUUUGCAUCUAUGAUGCAAAAGCACUACAAAGUGAAUGUCCCUGUGAAUGGUGCCUCUAGUACCUCUGACAAAACCCAAACCAAAAAAAAAAAUUCAAAACCACAGUCAGCUCCACAGAAGCACACUCUCCUGAAUGAAUCUGGUGAAUCAGCUAAAGAAAACACAGAUGAGCACAACUGCAACAGUCCUUGUGAUCCAGUCAUCCAUUCCAGUAAAUCACCUGUAAAAAAUCUGAAAAGAAACAACAAAUCAGGCCUCAAAUAUUCCACACCAGCUAAGAAACAACGACGAGACUGGGGACAACCACCCCAGAAUGUGCCGACACUGAAUAGCAAAACAUCCUCUUCCAAUGGCAUAAAUGAUGCUCCCACUCCUGCACCCACAGAAAAUUCAAAACCACAUUCAGCUCCACAGAAGCACACUCUCCUGAAUGAAUCUGGUGAAUCAGCUAAAGAAAACACAGAUGAGCACAACUGCAACAGUCCCUGUGAUCCAGUCAUCCCUUCCAGUAAAUCACCUGUAAAAAAUCUGAAAAGAAAAAACAAAUCAGGCCUCAAACAUUCCACACCAUCUGAGAAACAACGACGAGACUGGGGACAACCACCCCAGAAUGAGCCAUCAUUGAAUAGCGAAACAUCCUCUUCCAAUGGCAUAAAUGAUGCUCCCACUCCUGCACCCACAGAAAAUUCAAAACCACAUUCAGCUCCACAGAAGCACACUCUCCUGAAUGAAUCUGGUGAAUCAGCUAAAGAAAACACAGAUGAGCACAACUGCAACAGUCCCUGUGAUCCAGUCAUCCCUUCCUGUAAAUCACCUGUAAUUAUUGUCAAUGAUGAUUCUCCUGAUCCUCCAUUGUGGGUGAAAUUAGAAAAUUGCAAUCCUGAUGAUCCUGAAUCUAAACUAAUUCUUUAUCACGCAAGCAAAAGUAGUAUUCUCAACAAAACCAGCUGGCUAACAGAUUCAGAAAUCCAUGCAGGGCAGCUUCUCCUAAAGAAAGAAUUUCCAUUUCUAGAUGGCCUAAAUGAUACAACAAUCACUGGGUCACAUGUUGUGCCUGCUAGAUCUGACUUUGUUCAGAUUGUAAAUACUGGGUCACACUGGGUGUGCCUCAGUACAAUAGCAACAAGACCAGCUAGUGGCACUGUAAGGAUCUUUGACAGCCUUUACCUUAAACCCAGUUCAAUAGCAAUCAAACAUGCUUGUCGCAUGUUGAUGUUUCCUGGGGAUCAAAUCACCCUUAUAAAUGAAAAGGUCCAGAGACAAGUAGGUAUCAAUGAUUGUGGCCUAUUUGCUCUGGCCUUUGCAACUGACCUCUGCCAUGGUUUAGACCCUGUUAAUCAAAAGUAUGAACAAAAAUCUAUGCGGCAACAUUAUGUCCGCUGCCUGGAGAAUGGAGCAAUGGUGCCAUUUCCGAAAACAACAAGGAGAGUUCCUUUUCAUAUCAGCUGCAACAAAUCAUCUGUUGCUAUCUAA